UAAAAAGCUUAUUGUGAUUUGUCAGGUACAUUAAAAGGACUUGAAAUACACGGCUCUGGGCAUCCUAAAAGGUGUUCAACAUGGUGUGAAAGCAUAUCUAUUUUUCUCUGAGGGGAGCUUGUAUAUAUCUUAUUAAAUUUGGACUUCUCAGCUGAUGAGUGAGCUCAGCAGAUUGAGUUUAUUGAAUUUCUGCCUGUAGAGACAGUGAGUCUAAUAUAGCAUUUGAAAAAUCAGUCCUAAAUUCUUACUAUUUUUAAAAACUACUCUUCAGUUGAUUUAAUUUAUUCAAUGUGUGACAUUUUUCUAUAUAUUUGGUUUAUUUCCUGUGGUGAUACCCUACCAGCUAGUAUUCUUCAGGGAAGUUAGUGUGUAAGCUGGUCCAUAAGGACUCAUAUUUUUUCUAAGUUUGUUUGGUUGGGGGUUUUUUUAAAUAUUUCUUCCUGAUGUAUCUCUGCAGUUGAUAUUUAUUACAGUGAAUAGUUUCAAAUUUGCAUUUAUUAACUAAGUGUUGUAUCAACUACACUCCUAUUUUUUUAAAAAAACUGAUCUUCAAGGUGACCAACAAAAUUACUUCUGCCAUGCUAAACCAUCUAAAUACAUUGCUGUCUUAUCACUGGAAGUAAGAUCAGUUCUCUCUUACACUUUCCAGACCAAUUUCUCUCAUUAAGAUGACAAACACUUGGUGUCUACCUUCAUCUCAUAAAACAUUCCUCCUUGAGCUUUUGAACCAACACUGACAGUAAUUCACAAAGAACCUAAUCACUAAAACCUAAAUUAUCACAUAAUCACUAGGUUGGGAGAGACCUUUAAGAUCAUCAAGUCCAACCCCUGCCCUAACACCUCAACUAAACCAUGGCACCGAGUGCCACAUUCAAUCUUUUUUUAAACACAUCCAGGAAUGGUGACUCUAACACCUCCCAGGGCAGAAAAUUCCAGUACUUUACCACUCUUUCUGUAAAAACUUUUUCCUAACAUCCAACCUAAAUCUCCCUUGGUGCAGCUUAAGACUGUGUCCUCUGGUUCUGUCAGUCGCUGCCUGGAGGAAGAGACCAACCCCCACCUGGCUACAGUCACCUCUCAGGGAGCUGUAGGGAGUGAUUAAGGUCAGGUUUAAUUUCCUAUUUUCCUGUUCCCAGAAACACUAUAAAUGGGAGUGUUGUCUUGCCAGUUGGAGUAAUACAGGCCAGGUCAAUGUUUGUGAAGGAAAAGGAACUGAUCAUUGCUUGUGAUGGGCUGCAAUAACAAAAGUGAUUUGAAACCCCAGGUCCAGAAGUCACUCUCCAAGUCCUAGCAUCAGGAUCCUGCUUUUCCUGUCUCCCCUAGGGGCAAGAACUCUGGAAGCUGGUGGUGGGCACAGAGCUGGAGGGCGUCCAGCCACAAGAGAGAAAGUAAAAGCAGCAGUUCUGAGAGGGAGAGGCUCAGCAAAGGCAGGGCAGAGCAGCAGGCUGCAGGUUCUGGGGGCUGUGCUCCAGUGACUUCUCCCCCUGGGUGACCAGCAGGGAAGAUGCUGAGCAGCUGGUGUCCACUUCUCUGAAAAGGAAGUGAAAGAGCCAGGGUCGUUCACAGCUUCCCUUGCGGUGGGAGGCAGCAGCAUGGAAUAAAGGCACUUGUGGUUCCAGGAACGGGACUCAUGUCAUAAGCAUGGAGAAAAGUUGCUGAGACUCCUCCAGCACUGCCCUGUAUUUCUUAUUUGUGUCACAGGUACCAAACCAAAGAUGUCCUCAACAAGAACGAUUCUGCUCAUCCUGGGAUUCCUCUCUACUUUGGCUGUAAUUGCUUUAAUUGCUGUAGCAGUGACCCAGAACCAGCCACUUCCGAAGAAUAUAAAGUAUGGGAUCGUGCUGGAUGCAGGCUCGUCCCACACCAACCUCUACGUGUACGAGUGGCCAGCGGAGAAGGAGAACGACACGGGGGUGGUGAAGCAGGUGGAGGUGUGUAAAGUUGAAGGCCCUGGGAUCUCAGGUUACUCCCAUGCCACAGAGAAGGCAGGUCCCUCUCUGGCACAGUGCCUACAGCAAGCAAAAGAGGUGAUUCCCUCAGCACAGCACAAAGAGACACCCGUCUACCUCGGAGCAACAGCUGGCAUGCGGCUCCUCAGGUUGCAGAAUGAAAGUGCAGCUGACAAAGUCUUGUCCUCAGUAGGAAACACACUACGCUCAGCUCCCUUCAACUUCCAAGGUGCCAGAAUCAUCACUGGUCAGGAAGAAGGAGCCUAUGGAUGGAUCACCAUUAACUAUCUUCUGGGCAAUUUCAAGCAGUCUGGCUGGAAAAAGCUUCUACUCUCCCUGAAAUCCUUAAGUGAGACAUCAGGAGCACUAGACCUUGGAGGAGCCUCCACACAGAUCACCUUUGUAUCAAAGGAGCUCUCUUCUGAGUCCCCAGAGAACCAGCUCUACUUCCGUCUCUACGGCAAGGAUUACCAAGUGUACACGCACAGCUUCCUCUGCUACGGCAAGGACCAGGCUCUGCAACAGAAACUGGCCAUGGAUCUACAGACCAUGGAGAACAGCGAGUUCCCUGACCCAUGCUUUCACAAGGGUUAUGAGAGGACUAUAAAUAUUAGUGAUUUCUUCAAAAACCCUUGCACAUCAGACAAGAAAAAGCAAUUACCUUUCAGCCAGCUGUACAUAAAGGGAGAGGGGGACUAUCAAAAGUGCCGAGAAAACAUCCAGAAACUCUUCAACAAAAGCAGUUGUCCUUACACCAGUUGCUCCUUCAAUGGGAUAUACCUACCUCCAUUACAAGGGGAUUUUGGGGCUUUUUCUGCAUUCUAUUUUGUGAUGAACUUUUUGAACCUGACCAGUGAACCAAACCCCCUUGCUCUGAACAAAGUGACCAGCACCAUUGAGAGCUUCUGUGCCCAGCCUUGGCAAGAGGUGAAGACAGCAUAUCACCACAUCAAAGAAAAGUACCUGAGUGAAUAUUGCUUCUCUGGAGCCUACAUCCUCUCUCUCCUGGAAAAUGGCUAUGGGUUCACUGAAAAUAACUGGCAAAUGAUCCACUUCCUUGGAAAGAUUGGCAGCAGUGAUGCAGGUUGGACCCUGGGCUACAUGCUGAACCUGACCAACAUGAUCCCUGCAGAGGAGCCAGCCAGGCCCCCUCUCUCCCACGGCAGCUACGUGGGGCUCAUGGUGCUGUGCUCCCUUGUGCUGGUGUCUGUGCUCCUGUUUGCCUGGCUUCUCUUCCACAAGCCCAAGUGCCUGCAGAAGGGGAUUGUUUAGGAAGAACCUGAAGGAGAGAGGAGCCAUGUCAUCCUGGCUGCUCAGGGCUAGGAGACCCCAGCAGAGCAGGCUGUACUGCAGAGUCCCUCUCACUGAAGCUACUGACUGUACAACAAGGGCAUUUAUUUCUUCUGAAUCACACUUGCACUGACAGAUGUUGGGACAUCAGGCUCGCCACCUUCUCUGCCAAGGACAGACAAGCUCGUGUCUCCUCCUUGAAUGAGUUGUACUUUCAUUCAAUGAAACUUUGCUGCUUGUUGG